CUGUCCUGCUGUGCUGUUGCCCUGUCCCCUUUUCUGAUGCACAACAUGUUCUCAGCCAGGAAGCUGCCAGGAGGCUGCAGAGCCGUCAGACUCCAGCCUCUCCGCUCCCACGUUGUGUCCCGGAGCUCUCCAGACCUGACCUUCGUGCCUGCGUGUCUCCCCGCUGAUCCUGGCGAAAUCAAGGAGCUGCAGCACUUCAUCUCUCAGUCCAAGAAGCUGUUUGUCAUGACCGGAGCCGGCGUCUCGACGGAAUCGGGGAUCCCGGAUUACCGCUCGGAGGGUGUCGGGCUCUACGCCCGCACAGACCGGCGGCCAGUGCAGCACGGCGAGUUCCUGCGCAGCGCCCGUGCCCGGCAGCGCUACUGGGCCAGGAACUUUGUGGGCUGGCCCCAGUUCUCCUCCCGGCGGCCCAACGUGGCUCACCUGGUGCUGAGGGACUGGGAGCAGCACGGGAAGCUGCACUGGUUGGUGACCCAGAACGUGGACGCCCUGCAUGGCAAAGCAGGGAGCCAGCGUCUGACGGAGCUGCACGGCUGCACGCACAGGGUUUCCUGCCUGGGCUGUGGAGACCAAAGUGCACGCUCGGAGCUUCAGGAGCGCUUUGCAGCUCUGAAUCCCACUUGGAAAGCCGAAGCGUUUGGCGUGGCUCCCGAUGGGGAUGUCUUCCUGACAGAUGACCAGGUGCGCACCUUCCAAGUGCCGGCCUGCAGCAAGUGCGGCGGGAUCCUGAAGCCUGAUGUGACCUUCUUUGGAGACACGGUGAGCCGGGAGAAAGUGAACUUCGUGCACCAGCGGCUGGCAGAGUCAGACUCCAUGCUGGUGGCAGGAUCCUCCAUGCAGGUGUACUCUGGCUACCGUUUCGCUCUGGCCGCCCGGGAGAAGCGGCUGCCCAUCGCGGUGCUUAACAUCGGGCCGACCAGGCUGGAUCACUUUGCGUCGCUGAAACUGAACUCACGCUGCGGGGAGCUGCUGCCUUUGAUCAAUGCCCACUGACCCAGCGAGCUGAGGAUUGGUGCCUGUUGAGGAAAAAGGUUUUCACGAGGACCUAUCAUCUCCAAAGUGCAAAUACCUUAACUGAAGAGGCAGCUGCGAGACCAGUGCACCACCCUGGAGAAGCCCAGGAGAGGGCAGCAACCCUCACACAUGCCAGCUGGGCCAAGUCUCCGCACUGAAAUCAUCCCAAUUUAGCUGGGAACAGAGGGAUGAUGCAAAACUUCUUUUUCUCUCCUCCCUUACCCUGUUGUUGCAAACAGUGCAUUUUCUUUGCAGUCACUGGGACAGGACAAUCAGAAUUCUAUAUCUGGCACAAUACUUUUUUUUUUAUAGUUAUCCCAAGAAAGAAUGAGGGAUGGAGUUUGAGUAAGUUGAUGCGUUAGAGUAGGGCAGGAGGGCAAUGUCACCACCCUGUCAGCUGCGAGAGCCACUGACACUGCAGCCACAGGGCCUGCAGAGAGCAAAAGGAGGCAGGAGGACCUUGGCUGCCUUCUGCUUGGGAGGAGACUGUAACGGAAAAUACGGUUCAAAAGAGAAGCUGUAGAAGAACACAGCUCUUGCAGGAGACAAUUGGAAAGCGCAGAACACAAGGCUGACAUCUUCCACCAAGGAGGGGAAAAAGCAUUUGUCCCUGCUGUCAGCUGGCCACUUAAGCUAGUUAUUAUCUGAACCCUUUAAAAAUAAUGUAUUUUUGAGAUGUCUGGGAAGUUUCUCUUAGCUAAUCUGACCAGAGCUGCUUCUGG